AUGCGCACAGGGACGUUGGCGGGCACCGCUCAGUCGUCCGCUUUCUCUGCUGCGGUCGGACGCCGCUACGAAUGCUCUCCAUAUGCUGCUCAUUUAUAUGAUGCAGAAGAUCCAACAACCCCAGUGAGGCAGUUGCUUGGUCUUUGUGGAGAAUACUGCAUUGAUUUCUGGAAUAAAUGCAAGACAACUGUGGGUUCCUUAGUGGAAGACAGAAAGCUCCUGGACCUUGUACCCAACAGAAACAAAUUCUGUGAAGUCUUACAACUACAGGACCCAGAUUAUUGCUACCCCCGUGUGCUGUCCAACAGCAAUCUGACGAAAAACCUUGGGGCGGUGGUGGCUGGUUCUGAUGGUUGUCUCCAGCUGUGCCUGGAGGAAAUUGCAAAUGGUCUGCGGAAUCCUGUUGCUAUGGUACAUGCGAAUGAUGGAACUCAUCGUUUUUUUAUUGCAGAACAAAUUGGCAUUGUAUGGGCAUACCUGCACAACCGGGCCAGACUUGAGAAGCCAUUUUUGAACAUUACUCAGGCGGUCUUAACCUCUCCCUGGGAAGGGGAUGAGCGAGGUUUUCUGGGUCUGGUAUUUCACCCUAAAUUCAAAUUCACAGGAAAGGUCUACGUAUAUUACUCAGUUGAGGUGAAUUUUGAAGAGAAGAUCAGAAUCAGUGAGUUUAGAAUUUCUUCCAAUGACAUGAAUAUGUUGGAUCAUGGUUCUGAGAGGAUCAUUUUAGAAGUAGAUGAACCAGCAUCAAACCAUAAUGGAGGCCAACUCCUUUUUGGGGAUGAUGGCUAUCUCUACAUUUUCACUGGAGAUGGUGGAAUGGCUGGUGAUCCGUUUGGGAAGUACGGAAAUGCACAAAACAAGUCAGCCUUACUGGGCAAAGUGCUUCGGAUUGACGUCAACAAUAAUAAUCGUGGUCCCCUUUAUAAGAUUCCACCAGACAAUCCAUUCAUCCUGGAUCCAGAUGCACGGCCGGAGGUUUAUGCCUAUGGUGUACGGAAUAUGUGGCGAUGCUCUGUGGAUCGUGGUGACCCUCAAACAAAGGAUGGAAAAGGAAGGAUCUUCUGUGGGGAUGUCGGACAGAACAAAUUUGAGGAAGUAGAUAUUAUUGAGAAAGGAAAAAACUAUGGCUGGAAAGCGAGAGAGGGGUUUUCAUGCUACGACAAGAAGCUCUGUGCAAAUUCCUCCCUGAAUGAUGUUUUGCCUAUAUUUGCUUAUGCACAUAGCGUUGGAAAGUCUGUCACUGGGGGUUAUAUUUACAGAGGAUGUGAAUCUCCCAACCUUAAUGGACUCUACAUAUUCGGAGAUUUUAUGAGUGGACGUCUAAUGGCACUGGCUGAGGAUUCUACAACAGGAAGGUGGCAUGAUUAUAAGAUCUGUAUGGGAAAGGGUCAGACAUGUCUUUUCCCAGGACUCAUGAAUAAGUAUUAUCGGUACAUCAUCUCCUUUGCUGAGGAUGAAGCAGGAGAAUUAUAUUUCCUGUCUACACGGGUUCCUACAGCCACAUCGACUACGGGAAUGGUUUACAAAAUAGUUGACCCUUCACGGAGAGCACCACCCCGAACAUGUCAUUACAAACCCUUACCAGUUAAAGUGAAAAGCCAGCUCAUCAAUUUUGUACCUAAACCAAAGCUGACACAACGUCCUAGGAGUAGGCCUACAAAGAACAAAUCCAAAGGAAGGCAAAGACCCAGUGUACAGCAAGACGGAAAUACCCCAGACUGGUUCCAGGAGCUCCUCAAGACCUUGGAAAUGUUGCAAACAGAAUGGGAUACUGCUCCUGAUCAGCCAGCAACUACUGCAGCACCAAGCCCUGCUAAAGCGCAUACAAAUACUGGCAGGAAGCAGAGUAGUCAUGACCCAGCAAACAGGAGACCACAAAAUACUCCUUCAAAUGGAGCAGUGCGUCUAGUGGAUGAGCAUGCCAGGACAGACCGUGGGAGGGUGGAGAUUUACAUCAAUGGGGUAUGGGGGACAGUGUGCGAUGACUUGUGGAACAGCCAGUCAGCUGCCGUUGUGUGUCGCCAACUUGGAUUCCCAUAUGCCAUUAAGGCAUAUCAGAGAGCAGAGUUUGGACAAGGAAGUGGGCCAAUCCUUCUGGAUGAUCUGGAAUGUGAAGGGAAUGAAAGCAACCUUUUGCACUGUCGCCACUCAGGAAUCGGGGAAACCAACUGUUCGCACCAAGAAGAUGCAGGCGUUAUGUGUGGACACACAGAACCUUAAGCAGCUCUGGAUACUCCUAGUGCACAGCGAACAUUGCAAUGCAAUCCAUCUGUGAAACCAUAAUCAAGAAUCAAGAAUGAUUUUUCCAAAACAGAUGCCCAUUUCCUGGGUGUGAGUGGAAGGUGGUUGGCGCAGAAGAGUGCCUACUGCAGCUAGCAGCAGCUCUCACUGAAGGUUAUUGCAACUAUUGGCAUAAGGCGCUUAUAAAUAAUUGCAGCAAAAUUAUUCUUUUUGAAGCUGUAUAUCAUUUUCAGAAUAAUACAUUUUAAACACAUUGUAACUAUCGAACGGUGUGUUUUUAUUGUUGAAAAGAGACGUGUUGCCGAAGCUUUUCGUCUUGCACUGAUCAGAACAAACAAAAAUUUUUGUUAAUUGAUUCUUUCGUGGCAAGUGAGCAACACUGGCUAGGCCAUUUUUUUUUGCCCAUCCCUUGAAGGGUAGAAUUACCCUUGAACUGAGUGACUUGCUAGGCCAUUUCAGAGGGCAGUUAAGUCAACCACACUGCAAUGGGUCUGGAGUCACAUGUAGGCCAGACCAGGUAAGGAUGGAAGCUUUCCUUCCAUAAAGGACAUUAGUGAACCAAAUGGAUUUUUAUGAUAAUCGAUGAUAGUUUUAUCAUCACCAUUACUAAUACUAGCUAUCAGUUCCAGAUUUUAUUGACUGAAUUUAAAUUCUACCAGCUGCCAUAGUAGGACUUGAACCUGUGUCCCUAGGAUAUUAGCCUGGCCUCUGGAUUAUUAGCCCAGUGAAAUUAUUGCCACACCACCAUCACCCCAAUGCCAAAUUUCAAGCGGUCACAACUUGUACUACAGGAGGAAAGGGUGCUGAUUUGUUGGCAAGUCGACUCUGAUUGGCCGAGGUGUUAGAUGGGACUCUGUGAUUGGGCAGCACUUGCUCAACAAUCCUGAGUGCACUAAUAGCUACACUAACAGCCAAUUUAAGAGCACAUAAAGUGACUUAUUCAAGCUUGCUAGAAGCAACAUAUAUUCAUACGCAGGGUCCUGUUCUCUGCAACAAAAGGAAUAUAUUCAAACCUUGCACCUUUUUUGAACUACCCGGGAGCCUGGGGAGUCUAUAGUUCCCCAUUACUCUCUCCAUAGCACACCUCGGCCAAACAGAGUCGACUCGCCAACCUUUUUUCCUGUAGUAUAAGUUGUUGUGAUCGUUUGAAAUUUGGCAUUCUUGCAUUUGUCCUGAUGAGUGCAAGAUGAAGAGCGUCCACAACAUGUCUCUCUUUUCAACAUAGUGUAUUGUUAAUCUGUCCUUGUGUGCUCUAGGCAAAUGUGGACAACAGUUAUUAGGGAUGACCAAGAUGAAGAGAAGGACAUCACAAGUUUGAAAAAGUAUGAUUCCUAUACCAUGCCAUUCUGUACACCUGCUCCUUUAAUCAGGUGAAUCCAGCCUCCAUGUGUCACAAUGCAAUAUGGUUCAUGAUAUUAGCACACUGGCCCAUCUCAGCACAUUUUAAUGCCCAGUGAAGGAUGUAUAGACGCACAAUCUGGAGUUUCAGGAGAAACUGGGCCCUCAUCACCAUCAGAAGAACAAAGAUGGCUAGUAGGUUUUAUUUUAUGUGCCACUGUAGUGUGUAUUGGUAGGGUUGUGAACUGCCCAGGUUUGCGCUAGGGUCUCUAAAAGUAAAGGUUAACCUUCUAUACACUGCCUUGAGCAUCCCAGGACAAAAAUCAUGGGGAGCAUUAAAAAUAAACUGUGUGUUGGUUUUCAUUUUUGCUUAUAAUUUAUUAAAAUAUUUUAAAUUAGGAACACAGUUUAACUGGACAGGAUGAUUGGAAGCAGGAGAUCCUGUGAUAAAACCUCCUGAAAUAUGUCCAACCAGAGUUGGCAACUCUUUGGGCAGAAUGUUGGCUGAUUUGCUGAUGGCAGGGUGUCUGUAAGAUUCCAUGGGUUGUCUUCCCACCCAUCUCUGACUUUUUGUUGGGGCUGACAAGGCUUAGGCUGGCCUGCCUACCCUCAGCCCAAUUGAGGGGCCACUUGCCACCCUACCACAAUUUUAUGGCCAGCAGGAGUAGGAUCAGGGAUGAGUCAUUCUGCUUGAGCCUUGGGCAGGAAAUUUGGGGGGAUGGACCUCCAAUACUAACCCCCUUUCAUGAUUGGGCACUUCCCCCAUUGGUAUCCCCCCCCAGCCCCACCCCUGGAUCAUCACAACCACCAACCUGCAGUCCCCACCAGCCCUAGACCUCACCUGCUGUCCCUGCCACAAUGCCUGCACAAAUACUUCCAGGACUUAGAAAUCUGGGGACUGCUUGAAUUGUCAGCACUGGUCACUGCUCCCAUGGAACUCCUGGGACUACAAAGCUGGUGGCCAAUUAGCCGGCAACUCUCUGAGCAGAAUUUCGUCCCAAGUGAGGGGCGAAAACGCCACCUCCAGCCUCCAUCGUCUCUUUGGAUGAUGGGUGGGAAACCCUGCCACCCAUAAAA